AUGGCGGCGUCGGCCGUUGUGCUCGUCCUCUGCGGGCUGCCUGGGGCGGGCAAAUCCAGCUUCUGUCGUGCGUUGGCAUCACACUGCCAAUCCAACGAUACCAUGUCUAUUGAAUGGAUCUGCUACGACGACAUCUUUGACGCUUCUCGUGGCCAUGACAACGAGAAGUUCGAUCCGUCGACAUGGCGGGACUUGCGAAUGGCGGUGGUGGAUCGUGUUCAGUCGAGCCUGCGGUCCUUAGCGGCCAACGUCGUUGGGAAGCCUCUACUUGUGUACGUGUUCGCACUGACUGGAGCCUCUUGCCUAACCUCCUCCUUCAAGGUUCCUCUUGGACGACAACAUGUACUACCGCAGUAUGCGCAAGCGAUUCCAUCAACUGGCCCAAAUCUACAACGUCGGGUUUGGUCAAGUGUCCAUCACCACAUCCGACGCCAUUUGCCGUCGUCGCAAUCAAAAUCGGGCGGUUCCAGUGCCCGAGGCGGUCUUUACACGUAUGACGACUCUUCUGGAAGUGCCAGAUGCCAGCAGUUAUUCUUGGGAGUCCCAUACCCUUCAAGUGCCCUUGGAUACCGAUGCGCAUAG